AUGAAGCGUCGGGCCGAACCAGCGUCUGUGGAAGAUGUGUCGGACGAAACCAACAACACGAUCCCGAAUACUCGAAGAACAGCAACCCAGCCCAAUAGGCCAACCCCAAAACGGAAGAGAACGAUUGACGUCCUCGGUCGGAGCAGGACAAAAAGCGCUACAGCGGCGAUUAUUUGUCAUUCUUGCGAACCCGUUCCUCUAGUCGAGGCGGUCCAAAAGUAUGAUGGGUCUUGGCCGAUGACAAUCCUCUCUGGAGGGACCGACCGAGAUACGGUGAAGAAUGAGAUUAGUGGUUACCGUUUGAGAAUGUUGUUCUACGAAGACCGCCCCAUCAGUAACGACACUACUACAUUCAUUGAACGUGACAUCUUCAUGACAGCGGAAGAUGCAGAGGAAAGGAAUCCACAUAUUUGGAUCGAGCAGAGGAUCUUCGAAUCCGGAAAAGAAACGAUCAAGGCACGCGAGCUGUUCUUCCUUGAACGACUGGUGGAUGGGAAGGUAUAUAUUUUCAAAGGGUGCGGUGACCAAAUACUGGGUGUCGAGAAGCUUCCCGAUCUGCAUUUGACAGCCCGAGUACUGCCACAAGAAGAAUGGCCCAAAUAUUUGUCGGAGACUGCAAAGUACUAUGGAUACGACAGGCAAAUCGAGGUUCACCCCAAUAGGACGGAACUCAAGAGCGGGAAGGGAAUCACGUACGACUUCAACGAAGGUGAGGCGGGCCCCUGCUCCGGUAUAGAGGUGUCAAGCAAAAGGUUGCCGGGGCAGUCCUCCUUGGGCCAAGACUUGAAUAUUUUCACCGUCAAGUUGCGGGGAUUGGGAACAUUAAUUGAAGACACUGGCCGGAGGAGUGAUUUGAAUUUGAAGAUAUGUAUUGAGUAA